UCUUAAUCACGCCCGUGUCCGCUCCAUUUUUCCACGCGCUGCUUGUCCUCCACUCUUCCCCCUCCUUCAGUUCGAUCUCAUUAAUUGCCUUUUGGUCUUCAUCCACCCUGUAUUAUUGGUUCCGUUUAUCUCCGUCUUCGAAAUCGCCUUGGUCACCCGGCUUGGAUCUCAUUCAGAGCGUUUUGUUAGCUUCCUCGAGCAUCCGUUUCCUUCUUGGCGCUACUCAGGCCCCUUGCGCCAGCGAUCAACCCCCACGGCAUCCUCCGUCAAGCCAGCAAACCUGCGCCCGGCUGUUCCUGCAUAGGAAUAUUUAUCAUUUUUCGACUUACCUGUACUGCAGUGGCAUUCGUUGAGGCCGGACCAACCUAGCAAAGCCACUUUCAAACACAGGGCUGCGGAGUUGGCUCCGUUCUUGCAACAAUAGAAUGUCCCUUCCCAACCCGCACAACUAUACCGCUCCUCCAGAAUGCUUCUCUCUUAACUUCGACAUCCGCAAGGCCUGUCGUCUGGCUUGCACGCUCGAGACAUGCUCGCUCGGCCUGUCCUAUUGGGCUUACAUCCCAUCCUUGGCCGCUAAUGGCCUCUUCACUGCCCUAUUCGCAUUUUCGUUACUUCUGUUCGUCGUGCAGGCCUUCACAAGCAGACGCUUUGUUGGUUUCAGCAUUGCAAUGAUCUGCGGAAGUAUUCUGGAGGUGAUAGGCUACAUCGGCCGUAUCAUGUCUCACAGCAAUCCGUUUAGCGAGAAUGGAUUUCUCAUCCAGAUUGUGUGCCUGACUAUCGCCCCGGCCUUCUACGCCGCCGGCCUCUACUUCUGCCUGUCCCGCAUCGUGACCACCUUUGGCGAGGACAACUCGCACAUUCCGGCCAAGAUGUACCCGCGCAUCUUCAUACCCUGCGACGUCUUCUCACUCGUGCUCCAGGCUGCGGGCGGUGGCCUUGCCAGUGCCGAGACGCAUGCUGGCAGGAACGCCACCACAGGCAACAAUAUCAUGAUUGCCGGUCUUUCCUUUCAGGUCUUCACACUUCUGCUCUUCAUCCUGCUCAGCUUGGACUUUGCCAUCAAGACGUUUCGGCGCGUUCACAGUCUCGGCCGGGAGGGAGCGCUAGACCCCAAGCACGCGAAGCUGCGCGCAAGCAAGCUGUUUCAGGGAUUCUUGGUCGCACUGACCUUUGCAACUUUAUGCAUCUUCACUCGAAGUGUUUAUCGCGUUGCCGAGUUGAGUGACGGCUGGAAGGGCCGUCUGAUCAGCACGCAGAGCUAUUUCAUCGGGCUGGAAGGCAGCAUUGUCGCUGCCGGCGUCCUUGCGCUAAACCUCUUCCACCCGGGCUACUGCUUCCGCGAAGGGUACGAGCGGAGGGCAGGCAUGUUUAGCAGGAAGACGGCGACGGAAGAAGGAGCUGUGCAAGAUGAGAAGAAAAGCACAAGCAGCGAGCAGGCCGUUCAGAGCGCUGAAUCUGCUAACUGAAGUGACAAUGUCCUUCUGGCUGGAGACCAGGGUUGGGAAACGAUGGAUUUUGCUUGCUAUUUUGCCAACAGACCGGCGACAAACGCGGAUCUGAAAGACUUGCUUGGAAAUGAUGUUAGAUUAUAGACAACUCACAUGGCCUCGGAGCACCUUAUUAGGGCACGAAGCCUUCUGCUUUGCCGUCUCGUUUAAAGGGGAGGGGCAUGAUGUUUCCGUUUGGUCGGGUGUGAGGAUGGUGGAUCCCCUGCAUGGAUUACCUACAUUUGAAUCGAAACUCUCAUAUCUGGUUCAUCCAUAA